AUGUCAUUAUUCAGCUUUGAUGAGGAAUCUUUCAGUAAUGGUGUACAGCACAUUACAAUAAACAACACUGUGAGUGAUCCACUUGCAGAGCAAGAGGACUACGAGCCUCAAACAUAUUAUAAAGGAGAUUCAAGUAAUGGAGCAAGCAGCGGAACGCUGCCGAUACUAAUACAUAGACGUAAAUCUUCGGCGUAUCAUAGACUUUCCAUUAGUCAUAGCUAUGCUAAGACGAAUGAGCUUUUAAUUCCAAAGGAUUACGAUAAUUCUGUACAUCAAUCGAACAGAAAGCUAUCCGACUUUAAACCACUUCGUGUUUUGGGACAAGGAGCAUACGGCAAAGUGUAUUUGGUUCAAGAUCAAAUAACAGGCAAAUUAUUUGCCCAGAAGCAGUUGAGAAAGCCUGCUAUCAGCAUAAUAUCGGAGCCAGAACAUGAAAGUGACAUCUCAAAAGCUCAUUUGAAUCAUGUUACAAGGACGAUUUCUGAGAGAGAGAUCUUGACUAAUAUUACUCACCAUAACAAUAUUGUGAAGCUAUUCUACGCAUUACAAGAUCACGAUAAAUUUUAUUUAAUAUUAGAGUAUAUCCCAGGCGGAGAACUCUUCCAUCAUCUCACUUCUUCAAAAAAUGCCUUGGGCAAUGUUUUCAAAGAAGAUCAUGUUGCAUUUUAUGCCGCACAGAUGGCGCUUGCCAUCAAACAUUUGCAUGGGUUGGGGAUCGUUUAUAGAGAUCUUAAACCAGAAAAUUGUCUAUUAAAUUCAUCGGGCCAUCUAGUUCUUACGGAUUUUGGGCUCUCUAAGAAUUUAGAUGACGAUGAAAAUAAAGAGUGUACAUCGAUAAUUGGGACUCCCGAGUACAUGGCACCUGAAGUGUUGAAAGGCGAACAGUAUAACUUCAAAGUUGACUGGUGGUCGCUUGGCUGUGUCAUAUAUGACAUGAUGUCUGGAAAACCACCCUUCACCGGGAAUUCCCACAAGGUUAUACAAGACAAGAUUAUUAAGAAUAAGUUGAAAUUACCGUACUAUUUUUCCAUGGAUGCAAAGGAUUUACUCAAUAAGCUAUUGAAUAAGAACCCUGAGAAGAGAAUUGCUGUGGACGAUCAGUGGUCAUCCUUUCAAAACCAUAGGUUUUUCAGGAAAAUUGACUGGAAAGAGUUGGAACAACAGAGUUGUGACCCGCCAUUGGUACCAGUGAUAACAGACCCAAUUUUGGCAGAAAAUUUUCUGGAAGAAUUUACUGAAAUGAAAUUGAGUAUUAACGAUGAGCAAGGAUUAGAAAUUGGGGUGAAUGACUUCAAAGGGUUCUCGUAUACUGCAUCGGAAAGCUAUAUCCUGAGGUACCUCAAUUGA